UGGAGAUGAGGAGAGGAGCAAACACGACCAAUAAACACAUGCGUUGUGAGAGAAUAUGUCAAGUGCAUUAUCUUAGAGCUUACAACACAAUCUAUAUAUAUUAAUAACAAGACAUUAUAGCCGAAGAAAUUGGGCGAAACUGAUUUGACAAGAGAUGCAGUGAUUGACAGCGCGCGUGAGCCGGAGGACGCGCAGAUCCCUGAAGACGCAGCACGGAUCUAUAGAGGAGUCAUCCGAAGAUCGCCCUUUAGGCACAUCCACACCUCCAUCCUCUCUCUCUCUCUCUCUCUCUCUCUCUCUCUCCCGCUCACUCUCCACACGUUCAUCUUGUCCCGCACAGCCAGAGCUCUGACUUUCUCCAAACAUCGACCCAAUGAAGGAGCCCGACGCCAUCAAACUCUUCAUCGGGCAGAUCCCGCGCAAUCUGGAGGAGAAGGACCUCAAGCCCAUCUUUGAGCAGUUCGGCAAGAUCUACGAGCUGACUGUGAUCAAGGACAAGUACACAGGCGUGCACAAAGGAUGUGCCUUUCUGACAUAUUGUGCACGAGAGUCAGCCGUUAAAGCACAAAGUGCUCUUCAUGAACAGAAAACCCUGCCAGGGAUGAACCGGCCCAUUCAAGUGAAGCCUGCAGACAGUGAGGGGAGAGGAGAGGACAGAAAGCUGUUUGUGGGGAUGUUGGGAAAGCAGCAGUCUGAUGAGGACGUGAGGAAGAUGUUUGAGCCGUUCGGCAGCAUCGAUGAGUGCACGGUACUGAAAGGACCUGACGGCACCAGCAAAGGUUGUGCAUUUGUAAAGUUUCAGAGUCACUCAGAGGCCCAGUCUGCCAUUAACAGUCUGCAUGGGAGCCGAACUUUGCCUGGUGCCUCCUCCAGUCUGGUGGUGAAGUUUGCAGACACAGAUAAGGAGCGUGGCAUGCGGCGCAUGCAGCAGGUGGCCUCGCAGCUCAGCAUCUACAGUCCAGUGACGCUCAAUUUUAAUGCAUAUAAUGCCUACACACAAGCAGUGCUUCAGCAGCAGGCUCUGGCUGCACAGUCAUCAUAUCUGUCACCUGUGUCUACAGUCGCUGCGCUGCAGAUGCAGCAGAUGGCAGCACUCAAUGCUAACGGCAUCAUAGCAGCACCUCUCACAUCCUCUUCAGGUGAAAGCCACCUUCACCACAGCAUUACAGCAGAACUACUUGCGCUUCAGGAAAGAGGUGCAAACACUCCACCCACUAUCGCAGCCACUCCCAUCUCAGCUCUGCCUCCACUGAACGGCUAUAGUCCUGUACAGGCAACCAGCAAUGGACAGCCAAUAUCAGAAAUCUACUCCAGUGGUGUUCAUCCGUAUCAAGCUCAGAGUCCUGCGUUAGAUCCUCUCCAGCAGGCUUACGCAGGCAUGCAGUACUAUACAGCAGCCUACCCGACUGCAUACGGAUUGGUCAGCCAACCGUUCCUACAGCAACCUACCCUGGUUGCCCAGCAACAACCACAGCUACAGAGAGAAGGUCCUGAGGGGUGUAACAUCUUCAUUUACCAUUUGCCUCAGGAGUUCACUGACUCAGAAAUGCUCCAGAUGUUUCUGACGUUCGGUAAUGUCAUCUCUGCAAAAGUCUUUGUUGAUCGGGCCACCAAUCAAAGCAAGUGCUUCGGCUUUGUGAGCUUUGAUAACCCAGCAAGUGCUCAGACGGCCAUCCAGGCCAUGAACGGAUUUCAGAUCGGCAUGAAGAGACUCAAAGUGCAGCUGAAAAGGCCGAAAGAUGCCAACAGACCCUACUGAGAUCCAGACGGGAUGGAGAUUAUUAGGCAUCCACGCAGCAGACGGACUCCAGACGCUGAGCUGCACAGCUGAAUUGCUAACAUGAGAUGUUUGUUAUCUUGCAUGCUCACGUGUGUGUGUAUAUGCAAAGGACAAAAAUAAGAUCUUGUACAUAAAUCGCAUUCAACACACACACACACACACACACACACACACACACACACACACACAAACACACUCACACAGAGAGAGAAUUAUGGAAAGAUAAUAUGGUAUUAACACACAAAAAAACAUGCUACUUCCUAUGGACCUUCUUAGCUCUGUAAAUGUAUAAAACAGUAUUGUUUUUCAUACAAAAUAAAUAAAUAUAAAUAAUAAAUGAGAAAACCAGCCACAGUAAAUGACCAUAAUUAGAUUAAACUUAAAAUAAACUAUGUGAAAAAAGAAAAUAAGAAUAGCAAAAGACAGUAGUUACAGUCAGUAGUGUUAUUAAUAUCGUAAGAAAACCAUCUUAAGAUUUCUACUUUUUCAUUAUAAAUGUGAAGUGUAAGGGGACUCAGGAAUUUCUGGGCAAGUUUUAAUAUGUUAUCUUUUUAUUUAUCUAUUUAUUCAUAUUUGGAAAACAUGGUUUGGAGUCUCUUGCUUUUCAAUGUUUUUUAGAGAACUACAUUAAAACAGUUGUAAAACUUUGUAACGUAUUGAAAUAUGAACUACAAUGAUGAUAUUUAUGUCUUAAAUUUUUGGAUCAAACGUUUUGUUUCUGAUUUAAAUAAAAUAAAGGUAUUAAAAGAAAGGUU